AUGAUUUACGAUACCUCCGUGGACAACAACGAUCCACAGAGCGGACAAGCUCUGUAUACCCCCACGCAGCUCUGGACUCAUGUGCCUAGCAACGCGAUGACGAUUCCUGGUACUGGAGCGCACUGGCCUAAACAGUUCCACCGUCACCACGAGGGAUGGUGCGAGCAGGACAUACUUUCCUCAAGCGAUAUGACCUCGGAGACGAGCGGCUUUGACGAUAGUGCUACGCCAAGUCUACGCAGGUCGGACUCUGGCGACUUCUCUGAAGCAUGGGACCAAGAACCCCCAAUGCUCUUCUCACCCUUCCAACCUCCCGCAUCCAGCGAGUUACUUAACAACAUUGGCAGUGCCUUUCCUCUUCAGCUUCCUGCAUGUGUCACUGGCCACUCCGAGGAGACCGUCCAGCAGUUUGAGUAUAUGCUCGGUGACUUGGAGGUCAACGACUGCGCAUCGUCGCCUACGAAUCCGGAUGCAGUUUCGCAGGCAAGCGUGCAUCCUUCAACACUCUUGGAUGCUCAUGGUGUGAUCAUUCAGCCGUGUCAUACACAAUCUCAUGAAACAUCCAUCUCCAAUAGGCCAAGGAAGGUACGACAAGCCAGAGAAAACGACGCUGGCCAACCCAAGAAACCAGUACGAGCAAACAGUACUAGGGCUCGGCUCUUCUGUGAAGCUUGCCGCGAUAGUAAAGACUACUCUCGUGGAUUCCGCGGAGAGCAUGAGCUCGCCCGUCAUUACGCGCAAAAGCACACAAAACACAAGGUGUGGAAGUGCUUUGAUCUUAGUCCAGACCGCUUGAUGCGCAACUGUGAGAGGUGCAAGACUGGACACCAGUAUGGCACAAGCUACGGUGGCGCGGAGCAUUUCAGAAGAAAGCACACUGGAAUGUUCGGCAAAGACAUGAUGGAGUUGCUGAGAGGCAAAAAUCAACGUUGGGCUUUGAGUAGCAACCGCUUGAUCGAAGAGGGAUGGCUUCGCCAAGUGUUUGUUCCUGGCGAUGGCGAGCCAUCGGAACCGCAGGAGGAACAGCAUGUGGCUACCAUUCAUGCACCCAUGCCUUUUGCUAGAGGCCCACAGGAGAUGGACUCGAACGGUGGCUUGGAAAUGGCGCACCUGCAGCCCUUUGAUCAGCAGCAUGUGUCGAUGCAUGGUGCUAACCUGGCUUGGUCUCAGCAUCAAAACCCACUUCAGCCUUACCACUAUCAACAGCUGCACCAUAGUCAGCAACAUCAUCAGCAUCAGCACUGGCCUCAAGCAUAUAUAUAUACCAAGAUACCUGCAUACGUAAACACACUCCCAAGCAAUGCCGUCCCCCAAACACCUGGGACCACGGGCAAGCCUGUUGCACAACAGAAACAGGCAGGCACUCCGCACCAGCCCCCGGCCAAUCACACUCAUCCUGACUCUUUCCACACUGGCGUGAGCAUGAAUACUCUGUAA